AUGGAAGUAGCAAACAGAGACCAAGCAAACUCAAAUGCUUGGCUAAUCGCCAUGAUGCUCACAGCAGGCGCGGUUUCUGCGCAAAACAGAAAGAAAAGCAUAAUGUGGAGCAGCAUCUGUGCGCUGCUCGGCAUUCUGGGCAUUUCAGGCGUGGCCUGGGCCAUGUACGCCCAGGGGCGCAGAGCCUCCAAAAAGCAAAACCAGGUGUACCCUUUCCCGAAGCACGCACACAGCCAAAGCAGGCCCAAGGCAGGCCUAGACUGCACACAAACGCCAAAAGAAACAAAGCACCCAAUCCCAAAUACGGUUGCACGGGCACUGCCAUACGCCAAAAGAAGCCACCUCUCAAGCCAACCACGCAUUCCUCUGGAGCGGCACUCUAUACAACAGGCCAAAAAAAGCUCUAGCGCCAAGGAGCUUGGCGCAGCACAGAACGCCAGCCUGCCCCGCCAAGAGCCAAAGCAUGAAGAAAAAUGGCAAAAUAAGCAGAAAAGCUCCUAUGCCAUAGGGGAGUAUCCUAGCGAAGCCCGCUGUGAUGGCUCUAUAAAGCCGGGCUUCGCUCCGCCAGUUCCCAUUCGCAGCGAGGGUUUGCCCAACAGAAACAUGCUGCCAGUCGCCAAUCAGCUAUCUGCGCCAGACAGUGCUUUCUCUGAAAAAAGCGAUGUGCCUGGUAAAAGCAGCCAGAGCCCCGCAAAGGCGCCGCUCAAGACAGGCCCGGACGCAGCCACCCAAAUCACGAACGAGCCCCCAACAAAAGACUUGUGCGAAGCAAGCGCCUCAAGCACAGACACAAAGGCAAGCACUCUUUCCCAAAAGCAUCCCCAGCCUCCUAUGAAGCAAAACCCGCCCCCUCAAUAUGUAAACCCGCCUCCCAAACAGCCAAACCAUUUUCCUAGGUAG